GGCGGGCAGUGGAGCUUCCGGCGGGUGACCCUGCCGAGUCCUUCUGUGCGGCGGCAGCGGGGCCAUGGGGCUGCGGGACAGCGUCGUUCACGCCGGGGAGCCCGAGGAGGAGGAGGAGGAGCUGGUGGAUCCUUUAACCACUGUCCGGGAGCACUGUGAGCAGACGGAAAAAUGCGUGAAGGCGCGGGAGCGGCUGGAGCAGUGCGAUGCGCGGGUGUCCUCCAGGUCCCAUACGGAAGAGCAGUGCACAGAGGAGCUGUUUGAUUUCCUGCAUGCCAGGGACCACUGCGUUGCUCACAAACUCUUUAAGAACCUGAAGUGAAGGUGGGUGCCGUUGUCCAUCUGCUUCCACGGCCCAUGUUGGUGGUUCCUGGAUUCACAGUUCUGCUCCUGCCCGUUCGUGGCAGCAGCCAAGCGUCAGCCUGUCUCUGCGUCUGUUCUUGUGGAAGAUGUGCAGCUACGCAAAAACCAUGUUGAUGUUCUGUAAUUUUCCAUAUUAAACAUUGAGUUCCCAUGGAAA